AUGCCCCAACCAAUAGAUUUUGAAAAGGAAUUUAUUUAUCCCGACCAUGUAUUUGAAGUUCUGAGUGAGUUGUCAUUCUUAGGAAUAGAUAUGAUGCCUGUGCCACAAUUCAGAAGCGGAUUCAGUCAAAUGACCAACCUACAUGAAUUACACUUCAAAUCAUGCUAUCUAGUAAGCUUGUCUAAUACAACAUUCCAAGCGUUUUCAUAUUUUGUACAGGAACUAAGUCUAAUAAACUGUCGACUAAAAGCCGUAAGGACGGAUGUUGAUGUUUUGCUUCCGUUUCCAAAUCUCCGUAUAAUAGACUUCCAUGGAACAUUUAUGCAUCUAAGACGAGCACUCUAUUUAUUACACCCGUAUAUGUAUUCCAAUCUCACUACAAUUAACUUUGGUCAUGUAAGUGACGCUAGUAUUGACAGCAGUGAACUACCUUUUGUGACGACACUUACACCCGACAUGAUGAAAUAUCUGAAAACAAUUUGCGUAGAGAAUUUAGAUUUAUCAAAUAAUGGUAUACUUGAUUACGAACCUGGGUCUUUAUUCACCUUUGAUCGCCCUGAAUGUUUACAAACUCUUUCUUUAAACAGAAACCGGUUUGUUAUUGUUACUACGAAAACGAUCAGCGAUUUUAAUUAUUUUUGUGGAAAAUCUGUUCAACUAAAAUCGAUAGAUUAUUCAUAUAAUGCUGUCAACUAUUUCAUAGACAAUUCUGUGAAUUCUAUUUUAGAGAAAGAGAGGUAUCAUGGCAGUUUUGUGACUUUACCAAAAUCUCUAGAAAAACUAGAUAUGAGUAACACUUUACUCACAACAUACCCUGCAAUAUGGUUUAAAGUUCCUCUAAACAACAACCUCAAAUAUUUAGAUAUAUCUUAUUCAAGGACAAAUAUGCCAUUAGUAUUUCUUGAAAUUCGAAUUGAAACAUUUAUAUCUACUGGACUUUACGAAACUGCGUGGAGUGAAUUGAUACGUUUUCCUGAACACAACUUGAAAACAGUUGUAUGGAAUGAGGCUUAUCUGAAUGAAGGAAUAGAAGAAAAGGGAAACAAAUUGUUCGGGAUGUUAACAUCUGUAGAAUCGUUGGAUAUAUCUCGAAAUAAUAUUUGGUAUUUUCCAAACGAGCUUUUGAAACCAAUGCCUAAUUUGUCAAAUUUGAAUUUAGGUAAAAAUUUACUUCCGUCCAUUCCAGAACAACUGACUGAUCAUACUAAAAUAAAGGUGCUUGAUAUGAGAAACAAUCUCUUAACAACUCUGAGUUCGGUCAUACGAAAUUGGGCAGACAAGAUGCAAGCCCGGCAUGGAAUGUCUUUGUCUCUUGUUGGCAAUGCAUUCAUGUGCAACUGUGAUAAUUUAGACUUGAUACGAUGGAUUAACACUACAAAACCAAGUGAUGAAAGAGAUGUAGACGAUACCUGGAUACGACUGAGAAUGUUAGUUAAAGAUGGGGCAGUAGCUAACAGACAAAUUACGCUUUAG